AUGCACCCGAAUCUCGCAUAUCAUGAGCAUCCAAAAUGUAUUGAUGUUAUUCUUCGUCUUGAAGAAUGUCAUCGAUCUGGAUUUAUUAACAGAUUUUUUGGUGGGUGCAAUGAUAUUAAACGAGAACUUAACGAAUGUUUAACCAUAGAGCAUCAAAUUAAAAGACGUAAAAACGCUGAAGCAGCAGGAGAAAGACGAAGAAAAGUUGAAAAAUUAUGGAAAGAAUUGGAAGAAAAUAAUUAA